ACAUCUAUAUACAUUUUCUCACUCUCACAAAAUCACACAAAGAGAGACACAGAGACUAAAAAAAGAAGAAGCUAUGAACAAACAGAGUUUGAAGAGACUUCAGUUCCAGAAAUGGGGAAAGCGAAUGGGAAGCUCAACGACGGCUUCUUCAAAGGUGUUAGGAAACUCAGGGGAAAGAGCGAUUGUGGCGUUUGCGUUCUCAUGUUGUGGGAAACCUCCUCGCGUUCUCGUGAAGCAGUUUGUUUGGAGGUUGAAAUCGCGUUUAAGGUGGUCAACGAAGAGUGAUUGUAAUAAUAUUCAGUGUAGCUAUGAUCUCCGGAGCUAUCAUCUUAAUUUCGACGACGGUUGGUCUCGUCGACGGUGAUUUAAAAAAAAAACGGGUUAUUAUUGUUAAUUUCAUAUUUUUGUAUAUAAUGAAAAGUCUCAAUCGAAGAAGAAAACAUUUUGAUAAGUUUCGUAUUUUCUUUAAGAAACUUUAAGAAGAAAAAUU